UCAAUAUAUAAGAGUCCARCUGCCCCUAGGGUUAAUGUUUCUGUGAUACUAUUCAUAGACAAAGCCAUCACUGUCUCAUUUUAGCAGCUGUUUGAUAAAACGACGAGAUUUUGAGUUUCGUAUUUGCAACAUGAGCUCAAGUAAAAUUCUCAUUUCGACAGUUGAUGUGAAGAACUACAAACCAGAGGAAAUCUCUCUACGAGUUGAAGACCGAAAAAUCUACGUAGAUGGCAAGCACUACUCUGAAAGUAAACAUGGCACUGAAAGCUUCGAGUUCCACAGGGUGUUCCAGUUACCAGCUGAUGUAGACCCGUCUUCUGUGUCUUCUCGUAUCACUUACGAUGGUUUACUUCACAUUGAAGCUUUUAAAACCCGCACUGAGAAUCUCAAUGUGGCUUUAUUAGGGUGCUCUCCAGGAGACAUCUCUAGAACAGACGACAACAAAUUUGCUGUCUCUCUCGAUGUCAGAGAUUAUGCUCCRCAAGAAGUCCAGGUUAAAGUAAAGGGAAAUGAGCUGUCAGUGCACGCAGUCAAAGAGAAGAAAGAAGGCGGUGUCUCAAGUUAUUCUGAGUUCCACCGCCAUUUUCUGCUGCCAAAAGACGUCGAAAUGGAUACAGUUGAGUCAAGAAUCGAUAAAAAUGGUCAAUUGCAUAUCGAAGCUAAGCGAAAAGGACAGAAAGCCUUUACAGCAGAGCGUCAGAUUCAGAUAUUCCGAGAUUAGACAGUCACUGAURCGUUGAGUAUAAUAUCAAUGUGGAAUCGCUAUUGCAAUUUCAAAAUGACUAUGGACUAUGGAAAAGACUGAAGUUACGGUAAAAAGCAAUGGUAUUCAUUAUCCAAUAGAAAACUAGUAACAUUAAGACCAGUCUGCUAUUGUUAGAAAUUAAAAAAUUAAUAAAAGAGGACAUGAAUUCAAUUUAAUGGAUGUAUCAAUUAAGCGACUAUGUAAUUAACAAUAUUGGAUGGCGUUCGUAUAUGAGUAUUAUAUCAAAAAUAAAACAGCAUAAAAUUGAAGAUUUUUUCACAAAUGAAAAAAUGUAAGCCAGACAAUAAUGUUCAUAUAAUAAAUGUAAAUAUAAGAAAACAAAGAGAAAAAUGGCUCUUUUUGCAAUUUGAGAAAAUUUGCUAACAAAGAAAAAGAAAUGUAUUUAGAAAAAUCGAUAAUAGAGAGUAUAGUUGGGUUUUUACUUAGCUCCAACAGAGA